AUGUUUGUCCGAAGAAAAUCUUAUUUGAGAUGGAAUAAAAGUACUGUUAGUGGUGAAUGUUGCAAAUUCGUUUCAGAUGUGGGAGCGAAAACGGAUACACCAUUUAAUGAUAGUAAUAAAUCUAUAUUUGUUGAAGAACGGAACAUUUGUGGAAAUAGCAGUAACUUAAGAAUUCGACCAACGACUAAUUAUAAUGAAAUUAAUCAUCAGUUCAUUCCAAGCCAGGAUUACAAUCGAAAUUUGGACACUUCAGGAACAGAAUUUGAACUCAACCAUAAAAAGCCUAGCAAAGUGUUUGUUCUGGAAGAUGUUCCAUAUGAUGGCAUAGCCAAUGACUCUCGUAAUGAUACUCAAGUAUCGUCCCUUUUUAGCAUGAAAUCUAGAAACACAAAAAAGUUCAAAGAUCGAAAGCAUAAAAAACGUUGUUACAAAGAAAAUACGUUUCAGGUGAGCAGUUUUCGUAAACGUACUACGAUGCCCAGUACCGAAGUUGACGAUUCUUAUCCAUCUGAACCACCGCCCACAUUCAAAGCAAUUGCGAAGCUGUUUCUUAAAAAAUCAUCAGUUUAUGCUUUGAAUCAAAUUGGAAAUUCUAAGACAAAUAGCGGCAAAUUAUUUUGGAGUGUUAUUAUGAUAGCAGGUCUCCUUGGUUGCGGUUCUCAAGUAUUCCGUUAUAUGAGUACAUUUUACGCAUAUCCUGUGGUCGUAAACAUUGAUUCCGUAAGCAAAUUCGACCAAAUAUUUCCCGCUGUCACUAUAUGUAAUUUUAAUCCCGUAAGAAAAAUAUUUGUCCCUUGUAUGACGAAGCAAAUUAGUUAUGAAAACUGUAAUCAAACUUUCUUAUCGAGCCAGUCAAAGUUCCAGUUUACGUCAGAUGAAAUACAACAAAGUUGUUCGGAAAUUCUUAACAUAACGUGUGAUGAAGAUCAAGAAAUUGUCGGAUUUCGUAGUUUGUAUUUAAAUUUAAAUGCAGAGACGCGUAAGCGGUAUGGGCAUCAGGCUGAAACAUUUAUUCGCUCUUGUUCUUUCAGAGGUGAGAGAUGUUUUACCUCCAAUUUUAGUUUAUAUCAGGACACUCGUUUUGGAAACUGUUAUACAUUUAAUAAGGCAUCUCGUAAUAAAACAGCUCUUGACACUUCUCUUAUAGGACCCAAUGGAGGAUUAGAAUUAGAGUUGGAUUUAGAAAUUGACCAAUACAUUUGGACUACAAGAGUAGAAGGAGCAAGAGUUGUAAUCCACGAUCCUUACAAAGAACCAAAUCCGCAAGACGAAGGAAUAAAUGUCAGUGCAGGAUACGAAACAGCUGUUGCUAUCUCAAUGAUCACCUUUCACAGGUUGCCAGCUCCUUAUAAAGAUCAAUGUAGGCGUUACGAACUGGAGGAUGAUCAAAGAAAAUGCCACUCGAAUUGCUUCUAUAGCAAUCUAUAUUCUUCUUGUUCAUGUCACUGGCCAGGUGAAUAUGAUAUAAAAGAGUCCCGUUAUUGCGAUAUGACAAAUUUAACCGAGUUAAUAUGCAUGUACCGUGCAGGAAGUAUUGGUUGUUACUGUCCUUUGGAAUGCGACAAGACCAUGUAUGAUAUGAAGAUUUCUAGCGUCGCUUGGCCUUCCAGAGCAUACACUGAAUCAAAACUCAGGAAAUACAGGAAUGAAAGGAAACUGAAAAUGGAAAAUCUUAGAGACACUAGGUUCAAAUUGAGAGUUUACUAUGAUACUCUGCAACAGUUAAUUUAUGAGCAAAAGGCAAAAUUCGAAGAUGCGGAAUUGUUAAGUCAAAUAGGAGGCCAAAUGGGAUUGUGGCUAGGUCUCUCUUUGGUUUUUCUUUUCGAAUGGCUGGAAAAUUGUGUUAUUCUCUGGAAAUUAUGGAAAAAAAAGCAUCAGUAA